AUGGACGCGCUGACCGGGUCCCAGAUUCAGUUCUUGCAAGAUCUCCAGGAGGCCCUCUUUGCCGUUCGGGAGGCCGAACGUCAGCGUGCACAGACUGGCCCACCUUUUGCUUCUGCCAGGGCAAGUCGUGCGCGUGAGCGCUCGAGGUCCAGGGACUCGCAUCACGAUGCGACCGUGCACUCCGUUGAUUCAUUGGAUCGGGCACGGGACAUCAGCCCCUCGAGGUUGCUGCGCCACAUUUGCUCUCUCCGCGGUGACUGUGAGUCUCUGGGGCACAGAGUUGACAACCUUUGCUUGGGACGCACUCAUUUGAUGAAUACCUUGCUGGCUAGCCAGGAGUCCAGUUCUCCUUUUUCUGCGAUUUCUGAGUUUGUUCUGGAUACCAGGGCCUCCCUCAGGACUCUGCAUUCGCGUCUUGAUGAGCUCACACGUGUGACCGCCGAGACUGCGAUGAGUACGGCUUUUCGUCUUGAUCGUUUGGAGGCCGCUUUGGCCCCCACUCUGAUAGAUUUCGAAGCUUUGCUGAGUGCGGCUGUGGAUACCUGUGCUAGCGAUGCCAGACAGCCUGCGGAAUUGCCCUGGGAGCAUGGUGUGUUCAGGAGCAUCUUCGAGCCUAGCGAUGUGGUGGGCUGGGAAGACACUUUUAUGCUGCCUGACCUCCCUGUACCAGAUGAUCCCGAGGAAAUUCUCCCACCUUCGGAAAAGAAGAGGCGUCUUAGAGAAAGUGGCCUCGUUCCUGGAGUGUGUUUUUCGGUGGUACGUAAAAGCCACGGCAUCUCUUGGCAAGAUCAGCGCGACAAGGACCACGACAAGGCCAUGGCUAGAUGGACCUUUGUUAUCUUGAGGUGGGCCGAUCUUCGCCCGGACCUUUUGAUCUGCAAGAGUCUGCUUGAGUGUGAUACAGCAGAAGAGCGUACGGAAGUUCUUCGGGAUUGGUUGCAUCCAAAAGCUCCGAGUACGCUGCUUAAGCGUGUCAACUCUCUGCUUCGUUUUCACAAAAGUGAGGGAUGGUCCGACGAGACUUUUCCGUAUGAUGAGGGCAAUGUUUACAAGCACAUGGUUGCAGCCAGAGCUGGCGGAGCGAAGCCAGCACAGAUGCGUGCGCUUCGUGAGGCGUUGAUCUUCGUUCGACAUGUCUUCUCAGUUGAGGAGAUUGAGAACGUGAUAUCCAGCAGGCGGUGUCUUGGUGCAGCAUCAAGGGGUGCGCGGCGUAAGGCGCGCCGGAGGGCAGACCCUUUGACCUUGAAGAACUUGAGGCUGCUCCAUACCAUGUUGGGGGACAAGAGUGUCCCUGCUUGGGAUCGAGUUUUCGCUGGGGCGGCCUUGUGCUGCGCAUACAUGCGAUCCCGUUGGUCCGACUUUCAGCACUCUAUCUCGUGUGGUCUGGAAUACGGGGCCGAUGGUGAGAGACUCUUCCUGGAAUUUACUUGUGAGGAUUACAAAACAGUCAACUCUAAAUUCUUUGCGGGUGCGCCGCUUCGGAUGAUUGCUCCUGGACGAGGUAUUGCUGGGCCAAACUGGCUCGAUUUGUGGCAUGAGGCUCGAAUGGAGGUGGGACUUACAGAGUUCGUUCCACCCUUGCCUACGCCAGGCCCUGCAGGAGAACCUACCGGUGCAUCCGUGAGCACUGAGGAGAUGUCUUUAUGGCUUCAGAAGAUCUUCGUCGACCGUGGAUCACUCAGAACAUCUGGCCACACGCUGAAAAGGACUUUCCUUACCAUGGCGACAAAGCGUGGCGUUGAACACUUGGACAGGUUAGUUCUGGGUGGACAUGCAAACUCGGCAGGGAUGGCUGACACUUAUGGCGAUGAUGAGUUGGCCCGGCCCCUCCGCCUGCUCAUGGCCUUGAUCUCAGAGAUCCGCGAGGGUGUCUUUGAUCCAGAUGCUGGUCGUGCGGGUUAUUUGCGUGGGAGUGGCUUGGAGGAGCUUCGAUUGGGUUUUGCUGCCCAGACGGAUGAUCGCCACCCUCCCUCUGCUGAGUCCUGGGAGAGGGUGACGGGUGACGACGACAUGUUUGGUUUGGUGGACGCGCUUGACAAGGAAGCACCGAGCCAACAAGGCGUCUUCUUCCCGGGCGAUGACGACACGAACCUUAUGGGGCAGGAUUCUGCUGAUGAGCCACCCGAGGCUGAGGUGGGCGACGGCGGUGUGUCGUCUUUAGGCGCAGAAGAGGACAAACUUGUCGGCAAGGAUUCUGAUUCUUCUAGUUCAAGUGGAUCCAGUGAUUCAAGUGAUAGCUCCGGAAGCGAUGACGAACCGGCCCGGGUUAUGCCGCCGCCGGAGCCUGCGGAAGGCACAACAUUUUUACAGCAUCAGAGAACUCGCUUGCUGCACAUGAUUGCUGACAACAACCGCAGUGGCGGACAGUCACUAGUUCACCUUGCCGGGGCCGAGCGAGAGGGCGACAUGUCGCUGGUUGACAGUGAGGCUUCGUUUCGGCAGCGAUGUCAAGAUGUCGGCGGGGGUGCGAUUCACACCGCACUGUCUGACCAAGGGAUCACUUCCUUUGCCUCGCUUGCAUAUUCAUGUGGCACGCCUCAGGAUCGACCCACGCAGGCGGAAAUGGAUGCAUUUGCGGUAAAGAUCUUGGGGGCUGCUCCCCGUUUGGGGGAUGUGUCUAUCUUGAAGCGAUUGAUGUUUGAGUCCUCCACAUAUGUCAUUGCUCAGUUGCGUCAAGCUGUGCAAGGGGACUCUGCCGAACAGCCUCGAAAGCUUCCACUUGCUGAGAAACAGGCCAGAGCCGAAGAUCAGCGCCGUCGGCUUAGUGGAGUGCAUAUAGAGCGUGAUUUGAUCCCUUCCCAUGCUCUGGUGGAUCUCUGCUGCCACAUGCAUGAUGUGGGCAUCACUUGGAUAUCGCCAGGCAAAUGCACUAGCCGCGAAUCAGAAAUUCAGCUUUCAACGAAGGACCAAAGCAAAAUCUUUCGACUUGAGGACAACUCCUUGAAGGUCGGAAGUGAACAGCCCAAGGACAUUGCUUCUUAUGAUUCGCCGAUCAAGUUGCAGUGGUGCCUUCAGCGCCGCGGUCUGGCCUUGGACCAGGCUAAGGUACUGACGUGGGCCCAGCAUGAGCGUUGGGUUCAGUGCUUGCUUCACGCAUUGACUAAGGAGUGCCCUCCAGGGUUCCACAAGCCUGAUAUGAACCGCAUUGUGCAGGCCGAUCGUGAAGCCUGGUUGAUUAUGGCAUCCGAAGUGCCAUCGCUUAAGCCCAGUCCCGCUGGCGAGUACCCUCUGGGUAAGGCUUUGGAUGCUCUGCGGACCGACCCUCGGAUCACUAUGUACUUGAUGGCUACCUGGGGCCGUGCACCGGAUGUUAAGGUUCAGGACCCUGAUCACGGCCCCCCUGCCAAACCAGGUGAAGGACUGUCCCGAGCCGCCAAGCGCCGCCGCCGUGCAAAAGGGGCGGCUACCGCUGCCAAGGAUACGACACCAGGGCGGGGUACAGGUGCCCAGGCUACUGCUGCACAGGCCACAAAGGCACGCACCAUGCCGGCCGAACUUAAGAAUGCUCAUCAGAAAACCGAGGACGGCAAGCCCAUCUGCUGGGACCAUAACUGUGCCGGCUGCAAGGCCAAGACUGAGGGAGACCCACCGCGCUGCCCUCGGGGUGUUCAUGUUUGUGCUUACUGCCGCCGUGCGGCUGCCAUUUCUGGCUAUGGCCCACACUCAGUGGGCUUUCAUUUUCCACCUGCUGCCACUUCUGAGGUUGCCGACGUGCUGGCACCCGCGGAGGCCAUAGCAUUGCAAUGCCUACAGGCCGGUUUUGCUAGUCAUGACGAUUUUCGGAGCUUGAUCGCUUUGCUCCCUGCAGACACUGCCGGUGCCCCGUCAGAAGAAUCUGUGGACCCGACAGCCCCCAAAUCUUUCACGUCCGGAGCAUAUGUCCAUCAGGCCAAGGCCGGACUGCGCUCUAAUUUUCACGCCUUUCCUUUCAGUACCAUGCUUUUGGCCGCCGUCUUGUCGGCGUCUUUUGGCUCUCGCUGCUUCUCAUCUGUUGGACUUUUCUUGAAUUUAAAGGCGCCUCUGCACAGCGACGCCAACAACGAUCAUGCCCAUCCCAACCUGAUCUUGCCUGCCUCUGUUUUUGAAAACAAUCCUCUUUCACGCAAACUCUGA